AUGGCGGUGUGUGUUGUGCAAGCCAGUGGCGCGCUCGCUGACGGUGCCUGUGCUUUGCCGUGUUUCAGAUCCCGCGGCCGCCCCGCGCCUUCCGCCCGCUUCUGCCUGCCAGUCAGCCAGCCAGCCGAACAGCCAGCCACUGCCGGGCCGCCUUGCCGGACAGUCGGAUCGGUGACGUGGUGUGAAUGGGAUAACGGGGCCGUGGGUCUGGCAGUGUGUGUCGGGCCGCCGGCGCCGCUCCACUUUCGCGGGCCCGGGGAAGAUGGCAUGCGGACCGGGCAGCGCGCAGAGAGGCCGGUGAAGAGGACCAAUGAUGAUGCGCAUCAGGAUGAUGGCGGCACAGCCGGGAUGAGAGCAGGGCAUUAG